GAAGACCAACCUACAGUCUUAGGCUGUCCGUAACCACAUCAGCUGAUCAUAAUUACCUCUCCAGAUUAAAUUAAAAGUUUUAGGGAGGGAGGAGACACCGACCGCACGAGUAACGUCUUUUAAAAUCAAGCCUGCGACAAAACAUAGAAGUCAAGAACGAGGGUGACAUAAAGGAAAAAAACUCGGAGGUGAACGCAGGGAACAAAUUUAAUUAUUUUUGAGGAGGUACUACUUAAUCAGCUAAACCUAAAAUACAACAGAAGAAGAGCUGCCGCUGAGGGUGUGGGCUUCCAACGACAAAGAUUUUUGGAUUCGCUUGAAGAGUAAACUGAAAACAUUGUUAUUUAGGACUUCUCACUGGAAGCAUCAUGCCUCGUUCACAACUUCUGAUUGUGCUCCUGUGUUGUCUUCCCCUGGCAACCUGUUUGCGCUGUUUCACCUGUGUGUUCCCCGCCCUUUCUCCUCUGGACUGCUUUAAGUUUCCUCAGGAAUGCCCGGCCGGGCAGCGCUGCCUGUCUAGCACUGCGAUGGGAAUACGAGGCUCACUACAAGUGACAAUGUACGAGAAAAGCUGCGCUCUUCCCGCCCAGUGCGGUGUGAGUGGGCAGAAAUACUCCACAGGCCUGUACUUCAACUACACCAACGUCUGCUGUGAUACAGACCUGUGUAACGGGGCCGUGUCCGUUGCUGCCCUCAGCUGGGGAGGAGCGGCACUCUGCCUGCUGCCUGCUCUCAGCCUCUUGCUGGCCUGAGCAGCAGAGAUGAUGAUGAUGAUGAUGAUGAUGGGGUGGAGGUCAAACUGGGUCACGCUCGACACCAGCUGUGUAAGUGACCUGGGAGACUUUGUGUAAAUGUAAAUGUACACUGACAGACCAGAGCAAAGAGAGCAUUAACAAUGAACGUGUCCAAUGGUUACCAAAUGAAUUACACAUUUUAGUGAUGCAGUCCACACAAAUCUUUUAUAUUGUCCUACCCAAAGUAGUCAAAAUCAUAAUGUUUUGGUAAAAAUGCAUUUGAUAAACUUACUAUCAACUUACAUGUCUAAAUGACAUGUUUUUCCGUUUUUUUUAGCACAUGAUUUGAUGGUUGUAUGAAGUGAUAUACAAAAAGAUGACAAAAUUGUCCAAAUAUAGUUAGUAAAAAUACUAAACUGAAACCAAAUAAAUACAGCUGACAAAACAAUCUCACCUCAAGUAGCUGCUCUGGAGCUUUCAAUCAUAUCAUGGAAACGUAGAUGUCCAAAUUUCCAUUUCUAAGUACUUUAGGGGCGUCUUUUUUUUCCCCCAUGUCGGCUGAAAAGUUUCAAAGUUCAUUCUUGACCUUGAAAAAGAAAGUUGAAAAAACAAUCUCACCUCAAGGUCCAUUUAGUGGCUGUUCUGGAGCUUCCAUUCAUAUUAGGGUUGCACUGAUGCACCUUUUUCAGUCAAUACUGAGUAUUGAACCAAUACCAGUGAUUAAUUAAGAAGCUGUGUGCCUCAGUGUGUGGAAGAGACUGGGAUCGUUCCUUCAUGUGGAGGGCAACAUCAGGCUUGACUUAAACAUUGCUUUCCUAACAUUGUAAAACAAAUUGUAACAAAUAAAUACAGAAAUAUAAAUUUACUGAAUUCUUAUUUGUUAAAAUAACGGUAUCCGAUACCAGAUCAGCCCAUUUUCACUGAUACCUGAUCCAGCUAUUUGAGUCAGUAUUGGAUAUGUUUUGCUUAAAAAUUGAAGUUCAGUCCUCAUCUUGGAAACAGUUGAUCAUCCGUUGAUGAAGAUCAUGUGAUAUGACCGAAAGCCCCCGAAGAGCCACACAAUUGGUAUACCAUAAAUAAAUGAGAUACUAAUGAUUUUCAUUACUCCUCCUUUUUCCAUGAAGC